CCGGAGCGCCGCGGGGACCCGCAGAGGGYUCGGUGUCAUCAGAACCUCUUGUUCUGAUGCGGAUCCUGUCAGUGGAUUUAAGAUGGCUGCUUUGUGUACCAGCCGGAUCCUGCAGACCCUCGGUCGGUGUCGGGUGGGGGGGGGUGGGUUCGGACCGCGGAGCUCCCGGUGCUGGUGGGGUGGAGGGGAGAACCGGAGCUGCUGUUUGGGUGCAGGAUCUGAGCCUCCCCCCCCUCACUGCCCCACACACAUUGGACCGGACCGGACCGGACCGGAGCGGAGCUCAUCGGUUCGGUCCGGGUCUCUGCUGGGUCUGUCCCAAGGACGAGCUGCAGACAACAAUGUGUCUGAGAGCCUGCCGAACCGAACCGAACCGAACCGCCUAUCGUCCGGGCUGCAUGUGCUUCCCCUGCAGGUCACCAUGGAGAAGAUGCAGCCGAACCGGGUCAGGAUCACGGACCUGAACCCGCUCCUCACGUGUCCGCUGUGCACCGGGUACCUGAUCGAUGCCACCACCAUCGUGGAGUGUCUGCACUCCUUUUGUAAGACCUGCAUCGUCGCCUUCCUGGAGACCAACAAGUUCUGUCCCAGAUGUGACGUCCAGGUCCACAAGACAUGUCCUCAGCUCAGCAUCAGAUCAGACAAAACUCUCCAGGACAUCGUUUAUAAGCUGGUUCCUGGGCUUUUCAAAGACGAGAUGAAACGGAGGCGAGAUUUCUACGCAGAGAACCGGGUCCUGGAACCGGGCGAGGUGGUGGAGACGUUCAACAUCGCCGAGGAUGAAAUCAUCAGUCUGUCCAUACAGUUCUACGAGCGGAACAAAAACAACGAGCGGCAGCGCUCAGAGGUGGAGGCAGACAAGUCGAACGGGAAACGCUUCCUUCAGUGCCCAGCAGCCAUGUCAGUCAUGCACUUAGCAAAGUUCCUGCGGAGCAAGAUGGACAUACCCAGCAACUACCGGGUUGAGGUGUUGUACGGAGACGAACCAUUAAAGGACUAUUACACCUUAAUGGAUAUCGCCUACUUCUACGAGUGGAGACGAACCGGACCCAUCCCGCUGCAGUACCUGGUCAAACCCACCCGGAAACGCAGGAGGCCGUCCCAGUCCGCCGCCCAGGGCCACUCCGACGGCGUCAACACGAGCCAGACGUCGGAGAGCGACUCUCAGAGCGACAAAYUCCACAGCCCCGCCCAGCCGCCCCGCGCCUCUCCGCAGUCUGGCCCCGCCUCCUGCAAAGCUCCCCCCGCCGUCCAAAGCUCCAACGGCGCCGUUCCCGCCGCCACGCCCAACAACGUCCAGCGACACGCCCUGGCCUCCAAACAGGCCAUCGGCAGUCGCAAGGUGACUGUGACUGUGAACGGCACGGGCUCCAGCGCCGGGAAGGAGGAGGCGAGGGGCGGCGAGAAAAGUGGCUUACCUCCGACGACCUAACCAAGGAAUGUUUCUGGUCCCGCAGAGCCAAGCUGAUCCUGAUUGGAYGAGCAGGAGAGACUGAAGGGUGCCGGCGGACGGACACUAUCUGUACGUGUUCGUGUGGUAGAGUAGCUCCGUGCACACGUCCGAACUGUACAGCAUGUAUCGAACAUGAGCAUGUGUGCGUACAUAUGUAUAAACUUAUCUUUUAUACGAGAUAUCGUAAUCGUUUUGUAUCGUAUACGCAGUGGCUCUGGUUCAUUCCACAGAGGCRCUCUUUUUUCCACCUCCAGUGUGACCCCGGCGGCUCCGACAUGUUCGUUAUCGUGAUGCACUUUGUUCACGUCGCAGAAACCGAGGAGUAUUUUUUUUUCCAGCAACAGAAGCUUUUUUUAAAAAAGAAAAUUCACACACAAGUCGAAGCACUACCGGCUGUCUGUCAUGAUGGUCCAAGAACUGAAGAAUAAAAGUUUAAAAAAAAAAGGGAUUUGGAUAUUUUGACAUGUAAGUUGUUCUAUAAAUUUCAUCAUUCCCUUUGUUGCUUUUCAAACAAACCCUUUUUUAAUCCGACAUACGUGCAUGUUUUAGGUCAAUAAAAUGUUUACUUACAAAUGUUUUUUUUUCUCCAGUCUUGUUUACAGUUUUUUAACAGAGCAGUGGUGGGCACAGCUAACAAAACUUAGCUUCACUAACCACCGACACGCUAAACAGAUAGCAAAAUGAUUGGAAGCUAAUGCUAACUGCUAAGAUAUCAAACCUGCUGUUAGUUUUUUAUUGGCUUAAAAUGCCUGUGAUGACAAAUUUUUGUAAUAAACGAAUGCAUUUUUAGAAAGAGGACAUCAAUAAAAUAUUGCAAAAUAAA